CUCCACCGGCCCGGGCAGAUCACAGAGUCAUGAGGGCUGGAAAAGAACCUCUGGGAUCAUCGAGUCCAGCCUGUGACCGGUCACCACGCUGUGGAGCGGCCCAUGGCCCAGAACAGGACACAGCUCCUGAGGUGCGGCCUCACCUGUGCCUGUGGUGAGGCAUGAUCAUUGUCCUGGUCCUGCUGGCCACGCUAUUGCUGACACGAGCCAGGUGCCAUUGGCCUUGGCUACUUGGUUCAGCCUCUGCUGACCAGCAGCCCAGCUCCUUUUCCUCCGGGCAGCUUUCCAGACUCUCUUUCCCCACGCUGGAGCUGCAGGGGCUUGUUGUGACCCGAGUGCCGGACCCAGCAGUUGGCCUUGUUGAACCUGCCAGCACUCGGUCCUUCCAUCCAGCCUGCCCAGAUCCCCUGCAGAGCCCUCCUCCAGCAGACCAAUGCUCCCUCCCAGCUUGGAGUCAGCCCUCCAGCCCCAGCGGCACCACGGCAGGGCCGGCCCGCAGCUUCGCACAACCCGGUGUCGUCCCAGUGUCAUCCCGGUGUUUUCCCGGUAUUGUCCCACUGCUACCCCAGUGUUAUCCCGGUAUUGUCCCGCUGUUACUCCAAUCUUAUCCCGGUGUAGUCGCGGGACUGGGGGCGGAGCCUAACCAUCAGACUACGCCCAGACCACGCCCCCACAAGGCGUCUGCCCAAUAGGAGUAGGCGUGACCGCGGCGGGGGCGUGGCUGUAGCCUGUCCCUUCCCGCCCUCACGCCGUCCCCCCCCCGCCGCACGACGCCGCUGUCGCGAUGUGGCGCAGCGCCGGCCUCGCUGGCGACGCGCAGAAGACUGAGACCAAAGAGGAAUUCGUUAAAGUUAGAAGGAGGGAUUUGGAAAGGCUGACAACUGAAGUUAUGCAACUGCGGGAUUUCUUACCCAAAAUAGUAAAUGGAGAUAUCCUGGGGACAUUCCAGAAGCUGGAUGCUAUUGAAUCAAGCCUGGAGAAGAAGGAGGAGGAAACAGAGCAGCUGAGGAUGGAUUGUGAACACUUUAGAGCCCGUUUGGAAACGGCCCAGGCAGAUUGCAUGAGAGAGAAGAAGGAGAAACUGGACCUGCGGCAGCAGCUGAACGAGGCCAAGCAGCAGCUCCUGCAGCAGGCAGAGUAUUGCACAGAGAUGGGAGCAGCAGUGUGCACCUUGCUCUGGGGGGUGUCCAGCAAUGAGGAGGCUGUGAAGUCCAUUCUAGGAGGAAGUAAAGCAGUAAAGUUUUUCACAAUCACUGCCCAGACCAUGGAGAGCUUUGUGAAGUCAUUAAGUGAAGACAUGAAACAGCAGGAUUUGGAUUCUGAGGAAAAUCAGUUUGUAUUAGCUUUGGCAGGGAUUGUAACAAAUGUGGCUGCGCUGGCGUGUGGCCGUGAGUUCCUGGUCAGUUCCAGUCGGGAAUUACUGGACACGAUGAUGCAUCUCCUGGGAGACAUGAAGCCAGGACUCUGUAACAAAUUUAAAGUGCUAAUGCUAAUGUCACUUUACAAUGUGAGUAUCAACUUGAAAGGCUUGAAGUACAUCAGUGAAAAUCCAGGUUUUAUUCCCCUGCUUUGGUGGCUGUUGAAUGACCCAGACACAGAGGUUUGCCUGCACACCCUGCGGCUGCUGCAGUCGGUGCUCCUGGAGCCGGAGGUGCUGGCCCGGGCGGGCGCCGAGGUGCGCGAGACGCUGCCCUUCCAGCGCAUCGUCGCCCUGUCCCAGAGCCGCAAUGCAGAGCUGCAGGCGCUCGCCAAAGAACUCCUCGAGGAUCUUAAAAUAUUUGAGUACGAGGCGUAGAAGAGCUCUACGACACCAAAUGCUUACGUCUUUACUAUAUUUUUAUGCUGCAAGAGUUGUUGGAGAUGGGCUUGACUGAAAAAAAAACCAACCUCUGCCUAAGUUCCUCUGACAAAAUCCUUUUCGGGAAUUCAAAUUAAUCCAAGUAAAAUCCAAGUAAUUCAACUUGGGAAAACCUGUUGGGUUUUAGAUACCCAAAUAAAACCUCGGGUGGUCUGGUAGAGAUGGGACUGGCUUAAUUUCUUUGAGCAGAAUUUUAUUGACAAUGGGUUUCCAAAAUGGUCUGUGGUUAUGUUGUAUAUUUGUUGUGUAGACGGGGUAAAAUUUUCUCAAUCCUUGAUAACAGUUCACUGCAGAGGUAAAUAAUCCUUUUGGUGCAUCCUUAAGAAUUACUGUACUGUAAGGAAGACUCUGUUGCCUUUCAUAACUUUUCUGUGUCAGAAUGCACCCCAAGUUCCAGUUUUAUUGUUACUUCUCACCUCUCUCUUUCUAUUGUAAUAAAAGAAGACUGAA